AUGAUCGAUGGGAAUCGCCGAUCAGAAGCCGGGCCACGCCCCGGAACAAGGGACGGGCGAGCCUCUACAAGGGGUGGCACCGCCGAACGCCGUGGCCACGAGACAUCCAUUCGCCAGGCCACCGGCAGAAGCAAGAAGCGACAUCCUUCGCAACAUGCACCAGAGGUCCUCAACCUGGACAGCAGCUCCAGCCCGGAGGUUCAGACGCAGACUCAGCAAGCCCAACCGCUACAACUGCUUCUGAUGGAAGACUCCCGACAGAACCGGGCUCCUUUCGGCGUGCUGGCACCCGAGUGCCUUAGCCCCUGUAUGGACGCCGACGAAAGUGCCGAGCUGCUUGAGUGA